CUCGUACGAGAUUCUACCUCCUCACCAUCAUCUUGCGCUAAUUGUUCUGGCCACAGAUUAAAUUCUUCAUCAUCAUCUUGAAAUUAAGUGGAUAUUCUUCCAAUCUGAUAAAUCAAAUAACCUUUUACUAACUAACGUUUAUUGAUCAUCAUCAAUUUAGUAUAUAUGGAAUUUUUCUUUACCGAUGUCUAACCAAUUCAAGAAGAAUAACAAUAAUACCAACAACAAUUCUGAUACAAACCAACCAAUCAGAUUGAGCAAUAUUUUAGAUCUGCGAGGUGUUAACGAUACAUUGCCAGACAAUUACAUCCAACCUUCUAACCGAAGUGGAAAUCAACAAAAUAAUAACAACAAUACACCAAUGGUAAGCCUGGAUAGCAUAUUGGGUAUACGAAAUUCAUCAACCCUAUCUGAUAAUCCAAAUCUCUAUCAAGGUCAUAUUAACUUCCAUCACAGUGUACAUCAUGAUGGCCAUCAUGUAAUAGACCAUGUUGAUCCCGAUCUCCACCAACAAGAACAACAAAGAUUAAGAAUGUUUAACUCUGCUGGAGGUGGUGGAGCCAGUAAUGGAUUGCCUUCAAUACCAAACCUUCCACAAAAUAUGAGUUCAAUUCUUAACACCAAUGAAUCGUCCAACAAUAAUAAUAAUAAUAAUUCGAACAUUAGAAAUACCAGUGCAGAUCAUCCAAAUAACUAUAAUUCAUAUCAACAAUCCUCCAAUUCUAUGCAAAGUUAUACUAAUAAUAAUAAUAACACUAGCAGUAAUAGCUACUUUAACAAUAAUUCAAAUAACUAUAUGCAACAACAGUCCUAUACUAAUAAUAACAAUAAUAAUAAUAACAACAGUAAUAAUAACAACUACUUUGAUAACACAAGCCAAUAUUCCAAUAACCAAAACAGUAAUAACUAUAACAACUUUAACAGCAAUGGUUUUAAUGCAUUUACAAAUAAUAAUAAUAAUGGCAAUGGUAACUUUUACGAAAACAAUAAUAAUAAUAACAAUAACAAUAAUAACAGAAAUAAUAACAAUGGUGGAGGUCAAGAUGACUAUUCUCAAGAUGUUAUUGUUUUGGUUGUUGAACAACAAAAGAGAAUUUAUCAAUUAGAAGAAGAAUUGCAACGAGCUCAGGAUUAUAUUAACAAACUUCAAGAGUAUGUCACUUAUCUUGAAUCUGAAAAAGAAAAGAAUUCCAAGAAACAAAGUAGAUACUGGACUCAAGAAGAACACAAGUUAUUCUUAGAAGGUAUUGAAAAGUAUGGCAAGAAGGAUGUUAAAGCUAUUGCUAAUUUUGUUGGAACCAGAAAUGCUACCCAAGUAAGGACACACGCUCAAAAAUACUAUGCCAAGAUUGAUAGGGAACAAAAGAAACACAGAGAAAAGAAAUUGCAAGAAGCAAAGAAAAGAGUUAGUGAUAAGCAAGAAAAGAAAAAGUCGAAACGAAAGAAGAAGAAAUAUGAUGACGAUGAAGAUAGUUUAUCUAAUGCAGAUUCCUCAAAUCAAGACUUUAUGGGCAGUAAUUCUUCGAGUUUGAGCGACGUAGAACCAAAAGAUGAUGUAGAACCAAUUCUUGACUCGACACCACACCAACAAUUGACUGAAACCACCCUUACAUAAUUGACCUUAAAUGUUUCCCAAGAAUAUUUGGAAACAUUGGCACUGAGCUGUUCUCUUUUGUUUUGUGUGUGAAAAUAUGUUGCUUUCUUAAACAACAGAAAAUAAACAAAUCUUGAAAAU